GAUUAGACUCUUAUAAGCAAGUGUCGUCUAUCAUAUGUUAUUCAAAGUGUCAAAUUUAAUACGCGUAGCGCAAGGAAUCUCGUGAAAUAAUAAUACUGUCUUGAUUAUUGUGACAGAAUUGUGAUUGAAUUUUCGUGAUUUUCACUGGCAUCGAAAUAAUUUCUAAAAAUAUCGACGACGUCAAAUAUCAAUCAUCAUCCGAAUAUAACUUUGUUUUGGAACUAGAAGUGGUUCAACGCGACAGAAAUGCAACUGCAAUCUACUGGCAAUACAACAGCAGUACUACAGUUGUGUCGGCUCUCUUCGUCGUGCCAGCGGGUUGGAGUAGAGCGACGUAACGGGAGCGAGAGCGGGGCGGCCGACGGGGUGGCGAGAGGAUCGAGGGUGUUCGUUGCCGGUGGCGGGGUGCGUAUCGGGGAUGCGAGAGGAGGGAUGCCAGGCCGCCCGCCGGUUCACCCUCACUAACCCGCGGCUCGCUCGACUCUUCAGUGCGGCCUGAACGGUUAACCGGCCUACUUCUCUCUCUCUUCCUGCGCUCCGCCGUUUUGGUCCCGGCGCUGCCAGUUCUCGUCAUCAUCGUCGUCGUCGUCAUCGCCGUCGUUGUUAUCAUCGUCGUCGUCGUCGUCGUCGUCGUAGCCGUCGUCGUCGUCGUCGUCGCCGUCUUCUGCGUCCUCGUCGCGACAUCACCAUCAACAUCGGGACUGGCCGAGCGGUGUUGUAUUCAACCUGGAGGUAACAUCGCGAGAAGAAAUGUGAGACAAGAGAUCCUAGCAGAAGGAACUCCGUUUCUCUCUCCCUCCCUCUCUCUCUCUCUCUAUCUCUCUCUUUCUGCCUCUCUUCCCGUCUGCGAGGAGCUCGCAGCCUCCGCGGCGGCUCGCCGCUGCGGACAGCCGGCCUAAAAGGAAGAGGAGGGUAGUUGUUCUCGCUCAUGAGUGAUUUUUUUCUCGCGCGGUGGUGUCGGAGACUGUGACCAUCCCUCGCUGAAGAGAGUCGACGUAUCGCGGGGAGAGCGUCAGGACACCCUCGGGGGAGAUUGCUCUCCGUUUCCCUAUCGUCCUCGCACGCGAUCUCUCCUCCUCGUCGACGCCGACGACGACGAACGGACGCUACCUCCGCAACGGGACGCACGAUGCUUGACGAACGAAGAAUGUAGACGAAGAGGAGCAGGGCAAGAGAGCGGAUCUGCCUGUCGCGGAUUCGGAGGAGGACAUCGCCGCUGUCUGAAAUCUAAUCGAGCACCUUCCUCGCGUUUUCCUCGCUCCGAGCAGGCAGGAUGUCGAGAAAUCCCAAAAGUUCCUGGCGAACCGGCCCCGGCAGACUGGAGGCCAUCUUGGCGCUGAGUCUGAUCCUGCUUCUCGUCCUGCAGCCGGAUCCUUGCCGCGGUUCGCCGUCUCAUCGUAGCAGGCACCACGAGCACGAGCUGCACGUCGCGCAAGAGGCAUCGUCGUCGGCGUCGUUAUCCUCGUCGUCGUCGUCGCGCGAAGAAUUCGACAUCAGGAAUUCCAGGAUCGCCGAAGAGCUACCGCGAGCGUCCGCUUUCACCGGCAACGAUCCGCUGAUCGUACGCACCAGAAAGGGUAUGAUCCGCGGCAAAACUCUGACCGCCACCACCGGCAAAGAGGUCGACGCCUGGUUCGGCAUACCUUACGCCCAGAAACCCCUCGGUCCUCUGAGGUUUCGUCAUCCGCGACCGGUCGAACGCUGGUCGGGCGUGUUAAACGCGACCGCUUUGCCGAACAGCUGCGUCCAGAUCCUCGACACGGUGUUCGGCGACUUCUCCGGCGCCACCAUGUGGAACCCGAACACGCCACUGAGCGAGGACUGCCUGUACGUGAACGUGGUGGUGCCGCGGCCCAGGCCUACGAACGCCGCUGUCAUGGUAUGGAUAUUCGGUGGUGGCUUCUAUUCCGGCUCGGCCACCCUCGACGUGUACGAUCACAAAACCCUGGUCUCAGAGGAGAACGUGAUCGUGGUGUCGAUGCAAUAUCGCGUAGCCAGUCUCGGCUUUCUGUACUUUGGCACGUCCGACGUGCCCGGUAACGCCGGUCUCUUUGACCAGAUGAUGGCUCUGCAGUGGGUGCGCGACAACAUCGCUGCUUUUGGUGGCAACCCCGAGAACGUCACUCUCUUCGGCGAGAGCGCGGGCGCGGUCUCCGUCUCCAUGCACCUCCUUUCACCGCUUUCCAGGCACCUGUUCAAUCAGGCCAUCAUGCAGUCGGGCUCGCCGACCACGCCGUGGGCGAUAAUCUCGCGCGAAGAGUCGAUCGUGCGCGGCAUCCGGUUGGCGGAGGCGGUCGGUUGUCCGCACGAUCGCAACAAUCUGCGCGAGGUGAUCGACUGCCUGCUGAAGAAGGACGCGGACGAGCUGGUGAAGAACGAGUGGGGCACCCUCGGGAUCUGCGAGUUCCCAUUCGUGCCGGUGAUCGACGGCGCGUUCCUCGACGAAACCCCCCAACGCUCCCUCGCCACGACGUCCUUCAAGAAGGCCAACAUCCUGAUGGGCUCCAACACCGAGGAGGGUUUCUACUUCAUAAUCUACUAUCUCACGGAGCUGUUUCGCAUCGACGGCACCGAGGACGUGAAGGUUACGCGCGAUCAGUUCGUCAGCGCCGUGUCCGAGCUGAAUCCCUACGUGAAUCAGAUCGGUCGACACGCCAUCAUCUACGAGUACACAAACUGGCUGUACCCGGACGAUCCCAACGCGAAUCGCGACGCCCUCGACAAGAUCGUCGGCGAUUACCAGUUCACCUGUAACGUCAACGAGUUCGCCGGCCGUUACGCUGACACCGGCAACACCGUCUACAUGUACUACUUCAAACACAGAUCUAGGAACAAUCCGUGGCCACGGUGGACUGGAGUUAUGCACGCCGACGAGAUAAGUUAUGUCUUCGGGGAACCUCUGGAUCCAACCAAACACUUCACGCAAGAGGAGAUACAUCUCUCAAAGAGGAUGAUGAGAUACUGGGCAAACUUUGCAAAGACGGGGGAUCCGAAUGUGGGCGACGCCGGGGGAUGGUCGUCGGCUUACUGGCCCCAGCACACCGUCGCUAAUAAAGAGUACCUGACCUUGGACAUCAAUAACACGGAGAUCGGCAGCGGGCCCAGGGUGAGACAGUGCGCCUUCUGGAAGAAGUACCUGCCGCAGCUGCUCGGCGCUACGUCGAAACUGGACGUCGGGUCCAAGGAGACCUGCAGCGGCACCAGCCUCGCCGACUCCGGCGCGACCCGGAUACUCCUGAUCUUGAGCCUGUUAUUGACCGGCCUCACUACUCUGCCUCACAUCCAACACGACGUCAGAGGCAUCGUUUAGCUCCCGACCAUCGCCGCCGCCGGAUCGGUGGUCGGCCGUCGAGCCGCCGUCCUAGCCCCGUCGAGCAGCAGCAGCAGCGUCAGCAUCAGCAUCAGCAGCAGCAUCAGCAGCAUCAACAGCGGCGGCCCGUUUUCUCCCUGAGGAAGAGGACGAACGGACGGAUGGACGGAAGGAAGGCGAGCAAACACACAGACGAAACAAACGAACGAACGAACGAUCGGGAAGACGACGGCACCGCGCGAGAAACAGACAUAUCAAUAGUAGACGAGUGCUCGAUCGCCGGGGGAUCGACGAUGAAUAAAGCAAAAUAAACACGCUCGCGUCUGUGAAAGAGAAAAGGAAGGGAGAGAUAGAUCAGGAAAACUAUGGGGAGAGACCCCUGGGGAACCCAGUGGAAUCCGGAGCUCGACUUUUCUUGGCGCGGAUCAGUGAAGAGAGAAAGGGGAGGAUCGACAGAUCCGAGAAAGCUAAACGAUAGGGUGAGAGAAGGAGAAUAGCGCAAGGUAUCGAUUCGAUAUAGCGACGUGGAAAUGAUAACGCGAAACUAUUGGCGAAACGCUACGCGGUUAAUUGCGCUCAUUAAAGUUCCCGCGAGUCACCCCCAAGACUUGACACUCAAAUAGAGCGAGGGAAGUUUCGGAGAUGCGCGUAAAUUGGAGAAUUCAGAGGCUUUAAGGUUCGCGAAAAUGAAAGAGCUUGAAAAAAUUGAAAGAUUGGAGAGAAUUCGAGAGGACGUUGAGGAUUCACGAGAACUCGAGGUGCGAAGACUCGAGUUACCGGAAGUUAUAUCGCGCUGGGAAUUCUCGUGGCGUCGUAAAACUAUCGUUACGACCGACAUAUCAUGCCUCCGUCGAUCCCGGUCUCGCCUUAUCCAGGAUGCCGAGAGAGAUGAGCUUUUUUCCCUUCACACUACCCCCGUCGUAUAUCGUUAUGUGGGUCACCCUGGUCAUACGGGGAUUUUAUGAACAAGAAUCGCCGCAUCGCGUCGCGUUUAUUGGGACAUUAUCCCGUGGAACAGGGAUGUACGAGGUGUUUCAUACAGAUAAGAGGGAUACAGACCAGUAUUUCCCUUAUAAAAAAAAUUAGCAUCUUUGGCAAAAUUUCCGAAAACGAAUUGCAUUUGAGGCAUUUUAUUUUUCACAUUCUUGUCGCAAAGAGAUUCAAUCGCUAAUAAAAGUUACCAUUUAUUUUCUUUUUUAUUAAACAACAUUUUACGAUGUUUAGCGUCGAAUAAUUUAAUAAUAUAAAGAAUCUUUGUUGGAAAUGUUCUUCGCCGGAAAGCACACUUUGCUGACGUAAGGGAAUUUAUUUAUAUCGACUUGAAAAUAAAUGUCUCCAGGCAUUUUAUUGUAAAGAUCAGAUUUUUUUUUAUUGAAAUAGAAUUAUCAAAAAUUUAUUUUUCACAAAGAAAAAAAGAUGCUCAUGUCUAUAUAUAUUUUAUGUGAUACCCAUCUAUAGGGGACACCUCGCAUAUAUCGGAUACAGACCUGGAUUGAAAUGAGAGUCGUCCGCAGAGAGACUUUUGCAAUUUCGCCUGGAGUCUCGCUGGACCUGCAGAGCUUCCCUCGCAAUAUAACGAGAUCUGCAUUGAAAUAUCUUUGAAAAAAAAAAAAAAACUCUGUUCUCUUAUCGAUGCAUCUAAUUCUGUUCGAAAAGGGUAUCAGUUUCUCCCCGAUGAGGGAUCGGCUCAAAUCGAUAUAAAGCGAAUCGCAUUUCUGCUUCGUAAAUAUCACAUAUCUAAUCUGACAUGACAAUGUUAUAUUAUCCUGCACCUCGUAUCGGCAUCAAUCUCGAUCUCAAUUUUGCAUUGUUUCGUUAUCGAUCGAUGUCUGAGAUAACAAUCGAUCUAUUCUUAUCGCGAAAUCGCGGAUUUCAAUCCCCGAUGCAGAGAUUGCGGAUGUGAAAAAUCUGCAAAACUGUCCAUUAAAGGAUUUAUCUAACGGAGUAAGAAUUAUCUCCCCUCGUUUGUCACGACGUGCACCGAUGCACCGCGUGUCGCUUAUCGCGAUUCAUACUCAACAGCCGACGAAGAUGAGCGCGACGUCGCGUGAAAUUGCCGUUGCUCCCUCUUCCCUCCCCCCCGGAUCGACAGACUCAGCAUUUUCGCGCUCGCAUCUAUCAUGUACCUAUACAUGUACGUACGCAGAAAAGUGGCAAUAGGGUGAGCAAUUCGAUCUGUACGACCCGAUACUCUCCCAUAUGUCGCAUCGCUUUCGUAAAAGGAACGAGAGGAAAAAAAUAAUUCCAUCCAUCUCUCGCGUUAUAUCCUUCUCCUUUCGCACAAAUUCGUUCGUAUCGUGUCCUAAAGCCAUGGGAACUCGAAUCGAAUGAUGCAGAUCUAGUUUCCAUCCUCGUGUACGAGAGAAAAAAAAAGGGAAAUUAGAGGAGGAGAGGAAACGAUGUUUUUUAUUUUUCAACCCCGACGCUAAAAGCUCGGAUUUUGGCGCGUUGGAGGCAAGAUGGACGAGGGAUUAAACGGCAAUGAUAAUUAAUCCUCGUCCCAGGAAGGUGUCCAAUGUAUACCUGAUGAGCAGCUGCAGUAUUUCCAGGAAGCUCGCUCUCUCCUAUUGAUUUUUAUUUCCACUUUUGCCGGAGACCGACGCGCAUCAGAGUGUCGCUGUGUUGUGAUAGGAAAUUUUAAAUCCUCGCUCCCACAUCAUCCGAUUUUGUCCUUUCGAAUAAAUUCACGCGCAAUCGUUGACGUAAGAGACUCGAGCUUCAAAUAUUCCGCUUUUAGAAUUAAAUUAUUCCUUUUACGCACUCGAACAUUAAUUUAGGCCAUCGCGAAGGUCUCGUAUAAAUCAUCUCUCGCGUUAAUCGCUCCGAGGGUCGCCCUCGAUCGUCGGUCCCGAGUCGAAUUCUCGUCGACAGAUUUGACAUUCCCCUGAAAAUUCUAGAGAUUCCAAGACGCGAAAGAGAGCCGGAUUCCAUCGUGAUUCCCGGGGACCCCUUGGGCCCACAUCUAGCUAACUUAGCAGUACAACAAGAACCCGUUACAACGUAAGUAGACAUGUAAAAAAGAGAGAGAGAGAGGGAGAGAGAGAGAGAGAGAGAGGAGAGAGUACUCGCUAGUUCGCAGUAAGAGAUAAGAAAAAAAAAGUUAUUA